AUGCAGAUCAGUCAAGGACCUUCGUUGCCUGUGGAGCUCUGGAUGCAGAUCUUGGACAAUGUUACCGAGGAACAGAACCUCGAUGCAAUAGCAAGAUGCGCCAGGGUCUGCCAGUUCUUCAAGCACAUGUGUGAGAAGCACUUAUGGGAUGGCUUAGGGUUCUGGGACGAUGAAGACAUGGAGCGCCUCAAGACAGACACUGCAGAGACGGGGAUCGGAGGCUGGCGAGGACCACAACGCGUAACCAUCUGGAGCGGAAAGGACUCGAAAUCGAUUCCACACGUGGCCACGUUCGCAUCUAGAUUUGCAGGCAGAUGGACUCGGAUCGAGCAACUGAGAUUCGCUGAGACGUCGUGGCCGUCGUCGCUCCGGGCCGCCGACGCCGCCGUUUUCCGGAAUUUGUCCGGCUUUGCCUCGAUCACCAAACUCGACUUGUAUGACGUCACGUUUCCAUCUAUCGUCACGUUUGGCGCCCUCAUUUCUGCUCUGUCGGGCCUCAAUGAGCUCUAUCUCCUGGAUGUCAACUUCACCGGAUCCUCAGUUCUGUCCAACCCUCGCACCCUUUCUGAUUUUCGCCUGCUGCCACCAACCAAGAACCUGCGGAAUAUUAUCGUGGGUUACGUGUCCGAAGACGGCCAUCAUGGGUUCCAUCCUUCUGCGUGGCCGUGCUAUAUAGAACUUCUGACUUUCAUGAUCGCAGUAAGCAACCCCUGUGGCAAGUCCCCUCGCGUCUAUCCAUGGGGCUCCGUCCGCAACUUGCGAUUGGACGAGAAUGUCUGGUGGAAAUUCUCCUCCUCUUCCAUUGCCCGGCUUCUGCAUGCACUUCCAUCACUCGAGAACCUCAAUUUCGCGACUGCAGAUAGUAACGUUGCGGACCUCGAGAUCACAAGUGUCCCUGCGCAGCCCAGGCUGGAACCAAUCGCAAUUGGCGUGUAUGGUGCCAGUGCCCAGCCUCGGAAUGUGGCUCAUAUUAUCCGUCGCUUGAUCGACAUGGACUAUCCCCUUAGAAUUAUGCGGAUUUAUGCUGCGGUAUAUCCCUUCCUAGAAGACACUGAUACGUUGGUGGCUACCGCCAUCAAUGAAUUGGUUCAGCAUGCAGGGCCGUCACUCGACGAUCUUGGUCUUUUUCUCAAAGGCAACAAAGACGAUGCAGACUGGGCCCCUUUUGGUGAGCAUUCUGAACUUGAUGCUGCUGCAGAUCAACAUCGUCAAUGUGAUUUCUUUGAGAACACAAACCCCACAUCCCUUCGAAUCCAUGGUUGCGAUGCAUCCUGCCUUGGCGCGCGCGAGAUUCUGUCCCACUUCACAUUAAGAUGCGUCUCUUCCGUCAACGUCCGCUUCAAACCGCUGGCCCGAAGUGACCGGAGAGAGUUGAGCGAGGGUCUCUCGCAAUUGGACACCGUGCUUUUGCCUUCUGUCUUCCACAAUCUCGUACACGUACUGAUAUCUGUGAGAUUCGCUCGGUCUAGGUGCCACGUAGAGAUGAAAGAAAUGACAGAGUGGGCACACUUGGUGAAGUCAUGCUUAGCUAGACUUCAUGAAUUGGGAAUUCUAGGGUGCGUAUCGGUUCACCCAUGCGCUAUUGAUAAUAAUAAUGAUCCAUCUCACUGA